AUGUUGCACGCUCUGCUGCUGACCCUUAUCGCAUUGUUUGUGACGCUGUUCGUGUUCCUAGCAUGGAACUUGGGAUACUGGCGCCGGCGUGGAGUUUGGGAGCCGUAUGCCCUGCCUCUACUCGGAUCUUUCCCUAACAUGGUGUGGCCGCGGCGGCAUUUUCUGAACGAUAUGCGCGAGAUCGUUAUAGUGGUUGACUUCCUUUAUAAAUCAGUAUGGUCUAAGCCUACUUAUUGCAGGCAGUAUCGCUCGACGCACAGCUAUGUGGGCGCCUAUCUGAUGAGAGCGCCGAAGCUGCUGUUGCUGGAGCCGAAGCUGAUCAACGAGGUGUUGGUGAGUGCUUUUCGCUGCUUCGAAAACAACGAUGCUUCGCGGAUGGUGGACACACGCAAGGAUCCUUUCAUCGCCUGCAAUCCCUUUGUACUGGACGGGGACGAGUGGCGCCAGCAGCGUGGUAUCUUCUCGCCCCUUUUGACCAGCGGGCGUAUACGUAAUGCCUACUGUAAUAUGCAGCAGAUCUGUGGGCAACUCUGCGAUUACAUCGAGGAGCAGUCAAAGAGCGGCCAGCCCUUCGAUGGCACUGAUCUGGGAUUGCGCUUUACCAGCGAGAAUCUCUUCGACUGCGUCUUGGGCAUCAAGGCACGCAGCUUUACGGCUAACCCAUUGCCCGUGGCGCAGCACAAUAGAGAAAUGUCGGAGGAUAAUUAUCGCCUGGCUCUGGCAGGUGCUCUGAACGGACUCUUUCCGCGGCUGCCGCGACGACUGCGGCCCAAGAUCGUGCCGCCCUCAUAUGAACGCUUCUUUGGCGAUCUGGUGCGGCAGUCCUUCCAUCUGAGGCGUUGUCGGCGACAGGAGCGCAACGAUUUCAUCAACCAUCUGCUGGACUUGCAGCUGCAGCAUCAACUCACCGAAGAUCAGCUUACAUCCCAUGCGAUGACUUUCAUGUUCGACGGCCUGGACACCACAUCCUCGACCAUUGCCCAUUGUCUGCUAUUGCUUGCCAGGUAUCCGGAGUGCCAGCAGCAACUGUUUCUAGAGCUGGCGAAAGCCUCCGCGAAAGAUCAACUGCUGCCCCAUUUUGAGUUGCUGAGUGAGCUACCCUAUUUGAGUGCCUGUCUAAAUGAGACGCUUCGCAUCUAUCCAGCUGGCGGCUGGGCAUCGAAGACCUGCACCGAGGCCUACACCUUCCAUGGCAGCCAUGCUAGCGAUCCGCUGCAAAUGCUGCCAGGCGAUAAUGUAAUGAUACCCAUUUAUGGACUGCAUCACGAUCCCAACUUUUAUCCAGAGCCUCAACUAUUCCGACCCGAGCGCUUCCUCAAUGGCGGUCUCAAACGUUUCCAGCAGCUGGGCGUUUUUCUGGGCUUUGGCAACGGGCCGCGUCAGUGUGUGGGCAUACGCCUGGGCCUCACCCAAACCAAAGCCGCGUUGGCCUCAAUAGUUAAGCGCUACGAGGUGCACGUCAAUGUGCGUACCCUUGAUGGCAUCGAGCUGGAUCCCUAUAUCUUUGUGGGCGCCCACAAGGGCGGCAUUUGGCUGGACUUUAAGAGACGCAAACUGUGAGUGAAGCGUGACGAGCUUGGCGUAGCCCUUGAAUAUUUAUUUCAAUAAAACGUGGCAAGUGCUUAGAUCCAUCUGUAAGUGAUCUUGAACUUGAGAAAUCAAAUUUAAUUUUAAAUUUUGAGCAAUUACAAAUCCCUCAAAGAAGCUUGAGUCGAAUGUGUGAGUAUCAGAUUUUAGAUCCCAGCUAGAAUGUUAAUAAAGCGCAAAGUAUUUCACAGUCAAGCACU